CUCCAGGCUGGUGGUAGACUCAGCAGUAAUAGUAUUAGCAUUGUUUUGAUAUACUGAGUCAGACUGGAAAGAUACACAAACAAGUUCCUGGUUUCCUUUGUUUGACCACGUUAUCAUUUGCCAUGGUUUGAUGUUGAUGAAAGUUUCUAUAUUACAGAUCUUUCUUGGAUGUGUUUUGUAAUCAUGUUGCAUUGAAUCGGUUUCGAAUCAGAUUCGAAACUUGGGGACUUCCUGAUCUCAAUUCCUUAUUCAAUUCAAGUUUAUCCUCAUUGUUAAAGCAGAACUUGCAUACCACAGUAAUUGAUGUGAUCAGACACACUGUACAAUUUAAAACAAAUAGCAUAUAAUCAUCAGGUAAUUUCUUCACCUGAAUAUUUGUGAAACCGGAAGAUUUUGAUAUGGAGACCUUAGAAUAUGAUGAUAAUCUCCCAACGCCCUGUAGUUCGGGUUCCAUAAAAUACCAACAUCUCCGAAAUUGGAAUAAACGGAUAAGCCGUGAGCAGCACGAGAUAGAUGCUCUACGUAGGAUGUCGUACAACCCUAAUAAUCUGCGCAAAGCAGAAAGCCUGAACAGUAUUAAUUCAAUGUCAUCGGUUGAAAGUUUACCAGCUGAUCUAAAGGAUAAUAGAUGUUCAGUUGAUUUUGAUAUGCUUGCUGAUGCAAAUCCUGUUGAUUUACAGUUCCAUUCCACACCACAGAUGGCCAAGAAUAUAAGGGGCUUUGCUAGCCCUCCAGUACAGCGAAGACUCAAAAGCAAAAAGCCGAUGAGAAUGCACCAACUAGGCCGGAAUAUUCAUAAGAUCAUGCCUAGAAUACCCAGACCACAGAGAACGCAGGUCAUUCUAGAUAGCCUCAAGAAUGGACUCAAGGUUGUAACACUGGCACUCACCAUUGGUCUUCCCUUGUGCUAUCUAGCCUUCAAGACAUUGAAGAGAUGGCCAUUACAGUAUAUGGAAUUGAUAAGACAUUCAGUGGUUUAUACUAUUGUUUUAAACUAUAAUAUUUUUUAUUUUUUUAAACAGGGUUUUCACUACAACCUUGAUAAGCAAAUAAAAAGCAGGGAAAGAUAUAUACGAAAGCUGCAAUUUCAUUUGACAAAAGUAGAAGAACUUCAGGAACAUUAUGAAAAGGAACUGAAAGUACGAGAAGGUGCUGUAAACAUGGUUCGGGCAUAUUCUGAUCACGCACGCAAAAAAAAAGAACCAGUAAAUGAAGCAAAAAGUGGAGUUAAAGAUUGUACACAGGCUCUUUGCUACAUGGAGGCUGAAUUGGAAGCUAAUCUUGGUAUGUUUCUGAUCAAGAUAGAAGGUAUUGCAGGCUUUGCCAGAGUAUGCAGAGGAGAUGUAUUUGAGAUUACUUUUAAGUAUGGUCAACAGAAGUGGAAAUCAAAGUGUAAAGUGGAAAAAGACUUGAGUCAAAGCUGGGAGCAUGAUGAUGUCGUCCUGUUUCCUCUUAUAGGUGAAUUCCUCACUGUAAAGGUUACUGAAAUCCGGGGUAUUGGCAGGUCGAAUGUGGUAAUAGGUAAUUUAGAAUUUGAUACAUCUGACUUUUACCAAGCAGAAUCUCAAUCGCUAACAAUUGAUGUGAACGAGAAUGGUACCAUCAAAAUGAACAUGAAUGUUACAUGGUGUCCUUUCCAAGCAACUGACGAGGAGCAAGUUCGCAGUCCAAAAGGAUCUUACGGAAAAAGGGAACGGUCUUUCACAGAGUCAUCUGGAGGACAUCCAUCUAGUACUAAUCAGCGUUCUCUUAGUAUGGAAGAAAGAGUGAUAUCUCAAGGCACUAACAGGCCUAAAUCACGGCAUUUUGACAUGCACACAGCACCAAUAUUAACGUUAGAGGAAGCUUUGCAUAAUGUGUGUAGGCUUCUGGAGAUCUUAAAUGGACAAUACAUGGAACUGAAGGAUUUGGAUAUGCAAGUCAGCAACCUAGAUACCAUCCUGAAGAAGAAGACAGAGGACAUAAAGAUUGAAAAAGAGUCUAGCAUGUCAAUCAAGAAUGCCCUAGAUAGUUUUGAUUUCCUUGAUGACAUUGAUGAAGGGUCAAGUGACCCUUAUGACGUGGAUAGCAGUGAUGACAGUAUUAAUGAAGAAUCACCAGAAUCUGCAGUUGAGACAGAGAUGAACAACAGUGAUGAAAUAACCAAAUUAGAAUGCAAUAAAAGCAACAUUAAUGAGACAGAUGCCAGUCUACUAAACAAACAAAACUCUUUAACAGACUCAAAUGACAAAGAUAAUAAACAAAAUAAAAUUGAUAAAAAUAGAAAUAGUUGCCACUCUACCAAUAUUCAUACGAAUCAUGCUGAUAUUACUAGCAAUGGAACUGGAAAGGAGGAUUUUCCACUUCCUAUGGACAAAACAAACAAACUAUCUGCUUGGAGUGGACAACGAGAGAGUUUAUUCAUGGAAUUUAUGGAGAAACGUGAUAGUUGGCUUUUUGAUGGUAAUUUUCGAGCUAGUCGGCUUUUUGAAAUGUCUGAACAACGUGAAUGUCGGUUGAUUGAUGCAUGCGAUGAUGCUAUUGGCAAAUCAAGUAUGAGCUUAGCUUACCUGACCACCGGAGAUGAUGGCAUUGACCAAACUCUUGUGCAACAUCUCCAGUUCAUUGAAUACUUAUUAACACAUCUUGGUGCAUUUGGCCCUUUGAAAGUCAAAGAAACGAUAGCCUUGGAGAAACUGCAGAAGCAAGCCAGUAUUCUGUUACAACUUAACACUUUAGUUGAUAAAAAGACCAAGGUUUCAACACCAGAAGAUGUGUAUCCUGAUUUGAAGUUAAACCCAGACCUUGUUUCCUUCUGGGAAUGCUGCUCUGAGAAAGAGGUAUUGUACGUGAACACAGAUUCUUUUCUCCUACAUCUUGAUGUUAAGUUUGGUGCUAAACUACGAACCAAUCACCCUGACAUUGCUGAUAGAGUGUUCCAGAACCUAACCCAACAGAUUAUAGAAAGGCCUGUGAACUUGCUGAACCCCAAGACGGUUAUGACACUGUUUCAGUAUGUCUCAUUUUUCAUGGAAGAUGAAAGAAAAAACCCAGAGAAAUAUGUAGCAGACAUUACUAAUGAAUAUGAGCUGACAGCAAACCUGCAUCCUGCAAAUCCAGAUCUUCCAAAGGUGCUUAAGAAGCUUCCAAAAGGGGUCUUGCUUCCUGCUGGUAACCUCCAAGCUCUUGGUAUACUGCUCCUGGAGAGUAGUGCCACAUUUCAGACAGGUGUUCGAAUGUAUUUAGAAUCAAUUAAUCAGAAUGAUCAGAUCAGGCAAAAGGCAAUCAACAUAUUCCUUGAAUGCCUUGAAGAGAGAGACCAAUCCAUGAGGCAAGCUGGAUGUGCUGCACUUGCUGCCAUGAAGGCAUCAGAGGCGCUUGAUCAGCUUGUGUACCUUUUAAGAUGUGAUGUUGAUGAUGUCAAAACAACUGCCAAAGAAGCCUUAGAAGCAUUUGGUGAUGAAGGACAUGAAGCAUUUGAACGUGUUGCUUUUCCGUACUUUGGAAGCAGUGUUGCACAUUACCCUGUUGAUGUCCCGCUUAUGACAACUGAACUGUAGAGAUCAUUUGCUCUGAAUAACAUAAAAGAAAGAUAGAAUCCUAAAUCUUACUGUAAUUUAUUUUGUACAAUUGUGUUGAUAGUUACUGUUGUGGAAGAAAUUUGACAUAUUAUUUACAAAAAUGUAGUUAAGUGCAUGAGACAAUCACAUGUCCAGUUAUAUAUCUUGUUUGACAUUCAUUUUUAAGACUUGUAUUUAUGAUGUGCCUACAUGUUAUACUUUUUAUACUGUUAUAAGCCCGAUUAGUUACAAAUACCUUUGAGGCUAGACAAUGGGAAGUGUAACACAUUUAUUGUGCAAUUAUCACCUGUGGCAGACAAUUAGAUACAGCAUAUAGCCAUGGCUGUAUUUGGCCUUUUAAAAUAUAAAAGAUUAACUUACACUUUUCCAGCAUUUAUGCAACAAAUUAUUAUAAACACUGAGUAAGCAACAAAGUUGCAUACAACAUGAAAAAUCAUUGUUGUAUCUUCAAAUAUAUCACGAAGUAGUGAAUUAAAUAUUGCCACUAAUAAUCACCCAAUUUCUCGAUUUCAGUGAUUUCUUAAUAGCAGUACAAUCUUCCAAAAAUUAAUUAAGUAAUUAUCUUCCAAAAAUAGAUAAUGACUGGUACUCCCAACUUUUCAUCUUUAUGAAAGUAAUUCUCUAAAAAUGUAAGUAGUAAUUUGGCAACCACUGCCCAUAUAUACAUUUUAUAAGAGAUAAUUAAGCAUAAUUUGUUUUAUAAAACAAAUUAUAUUACUUCACAUUACAAAAUUAAAAUUCCAGAGAAUUAUAUAAAUUAACGUAUCUAUUUAUUAUCAAGGCUUUCCAUUAUUAAUCAUUGUUGAUGGUUGUCAGACCAUUUGUAUUAUAUAUUUAUAAUGUAAGAAUUACAAAUCAAUGAUGUUAUUAGAAACUUGUUUAAAUUGUUUUUCUUUUUUAAUGUAUUGCUAGUUCUGAGUUUUCCCCGACAAAAUAACUUUAAAAAUUCAGUAUAUCAAGUAAAAAUUAAACAAAUUGCAAUCAUGUUUUUGGAUAUUUUUUUUUUUUUUUUUUAUAGUUACAUGGGCAACUAAAUUAACUUUAUUCAGAGUUUAUAUUUAUGAUUGUAAUACCCGUUUGUAAAUUUGUGCUCAAGUCCUCCUAUACUCUUCCAAACACUAUAGAAGUAAUGCAAGUCUAACCCUAAAUUAAGACUGACUUUUGUAUUUGUAUUAUUUUGUUUUAUCUUUGAAUAUUUUCACCAUGGGCUGACUCUGCAAACAGAGAACUUUUUUAAAUGCAGUGUUGUGUUUACAAUGUAAUUGGUGCUUCCAUUUCAAUUUAUAAAAACUUUUUUCUCAAAACUAUCGUUCCAAAACAAAUUUCAAAUGAUCCAUUAUAUUUCAGAUGUUUUUAGGUGCUUUCAUGUGAUUGAUUUUAAUUUAUGACGUUUAGAUGUGCUCUGUAUUGAGCAUUUGUAAAGUCAUAUACUUUAAGUACAGACAUGGAAAAACUGUACUGUAUGCAUGAUUGUUUUUUAUGUAUAUAAUAUAAAGAAGUGUACAUACAUUAUUUUGUUAAACCCAUCAUUCUACAAUCUAUAGUAGAUGGUUUACAAAUGUUAUGUACAUGGAGUUUAAUGUCAAUAAAAUUUGAAAAAUGCAGAGUA